CUCAACCGGUGACCUUCAAACAAAGGCUGGUAGGUCAGGAGAUUGAAGAGGGAGCCAACAUUACCCUCACCUGUGAGCUCUCCAAACCUGGAGUCUCAGUGGAGUGGAAGAAAGGAACCCAGAUCCUGGAGUCCAGUGAGAAGUACCAGGUGAAGCAGAAGGCCUCUGUGAAUGAACUCCAUAUUACCAAAGUGGUUCCAGAAGACAGUGGAGACUACAGCUGUGUUUGUGGAGACCAGAAGACCACUGCCAGUCUAAAUGUUAAGGCCCGACCAGUGACCUUUAAACAGAAGUUGAGCAAUCAGGAGGCUGAAGAGGGAGCCAGUAU